AUCUCAGAUACGGCCCUUGAUUUUAUCACCAUUUCCCUGGCACAUAAAUAUCUCCUAUUACUAGCGUUUCCUGCUCUGUUGUCUCUAUCUCGACUCCAAGUCUUCAGCUCACUCUCUAACUCAACUCUCGCCCACGACAUCGUUUUUGUUCUUCUUCGAUCAUCAAUGGCAAAGGAACUAGUUCGCGUUCUUGUUACUGGAGCUGCAGGACAAAUUGGGUAUGCUCUUGUACCAAUGAUUGCUAGGGGAGUCAUGUUGGGUUCUGACCAGCCUGUGAUCCUUCACAUGCUUGAUAUCCCUCCUGCAGCAGAGGCUUUGAAUGGAGUCAAAAUGGAGUUGGUGGAUGCAGCGUUCCCUCUUCUAAAAGGUGUUGUUGCUACAACUGAUGUUGUUGAGGCUUGCACUGGAGUCAACGUUGCAGUUAUGGUUGGUGGUUUCCCAAGGAAGGAAGGAAUGGAAAGGAAAGAUGUUAUGUCAAAGAAUGUGUCAAUUUACAAGUCCCAGGCUUCCGCCUUGGAACAGCAUGCAGCUCCUAACUGCAAGGUUCUGGUUGUUGCUAACCCUGCCAACACCAAUGCAUUGAUCCUGAAGGAAUUUGCACCCUCAAUCCCUGCAAAGAACAUUACCUGCUUGACAAGGCUGGAUCAUAACAGGGCAUUAGGUCAAAUUUCAGAGAGACUAAAUGUCCAAGUUUCUGAUGUUAAAAAUGCGAUUAUUUGGGGUAAUCAUUCAUCAACUCAGUAUCCUGAUGUCAAUCAUGCAAGUGUUAAGACUCCAUCUGGGGAAAAGCCUGUUCGUGAGCUUGUGAAGGAUGAUGGAUGGUUGAAUGGAGAAUUCAUAACCACUGUUCAACAACGUGGUGCUGCAAUCAUCAAAGCUAGGAAACUCUCAAGUGCACUAUCUGCUGCUAGUGCAGCUUGUGAUCACAUUCGUGAUUGGGUCCUUGGAACUCCAGAGGGCACAUGGGUUUCCAUGGGGGUGUACUCUGAUGGUUCAUACAAUGUACCAUCUGGGCUUAUUUAUUCCUUCCCUGUAACUUGUCACAAUGGAGACUGGAAAAUUGUCCAAGGGCUAGCUAUUGAUGAAUUCUCAAGGAAGAAGUUGGACUUGACUGGAGCAGAGCUCAGUGAGGAGAAGGAAUUAGCAUACUCCUGCCUCUCAUGAAUGCAUUCAUCAUUUCUUUAGUGUGUUUGAAAGACGAGUGGCUUGCCUUAGUUAGGGUAGCUGCAGUUUUGAAUAAAAGCCUUUUUAAAAUCUAGAUGAACUGUUAAUGAUGGGGAAGCUGCCUCCCUGGAUCUUACAUCAUUUCACAUGUUGCUGUGGGGAUUUGGGGUUUUUAUUACUAAUCCCGGAUUUUAGCUUCAAUUUUAAACGGAUAAGGAAGACUGUUGUCGUCCAUAUUAAAGUCGUGAUUUUGGUCACGUCUAAUGUGCCUGGUUACUUCGAAUAUCUGGAGUUUUCUCGUGGUGUUUUAGUAACAAUUCCUAGACUGCAUUGAA